AUGGAACCGUAUCGAAUGGCUUACUCACGCAGAAAACGUUCACCAGGUAAUAUCACCAAUUCACUGACUGAAAUUCAAUCUUCUUCAGCUGAAAAAUCAAGCAUGACAAUGUCAAUGGUGAUGACAACAACAACAAAUUUUAACGAUAUACAAAACUCACUAAAGUUUAAGUCAACGAAAAACCUGAAGUCACGAAGAUCAUUUAGUCAAAAAGUAGAAUAUGGUUAUUGUAUUUCAAAACAAUUAAAGUGUGAUAGUGUUGUCCAUUGUCAUAAUGCAAGAGAUGAAUUGCCUAGUCUAAGAAUGAAUCCAACAGAUUUACCUGGCCAAUUAUUACCUGCACUUGUGGGUGCACAUCUUACACCGGGGGAUUUAAAUAACAUUGGAUGUACUGUAUACAAGCUUAGCAGCAAUACAAUAAUACAAAGUUAUCAUAAUGAAGGACUUGAAUUGCUUAGAACUUCGGUUACUGACAAGUCACAGAUGAAAGUCAAUAAAACCAACCUCUCGCAAUUCUUACAAAACAAUCCAACAGCUUCUAGUACGCUUACGGUUGGAUGUAUUGUUUUAGUUUCAUUUGUCACUAUUGUUAUGGCGUGUUCAUGUUACCAGUGCUUUUACCGGAGGAAAUUACAAGCAAUGCGAAUUUCUAAUAAGUCAACAAAUUACUGGUCAUCUUCAAUGUCUACAAAAGGAGCUGGAAUCACAUUCCUUUUAGAAAAGCAAAGUAAAAAUAGUUCGAUUCAUGCAGAACAAAACACAGAGGAAGAAAACGAUCUUUUGGCACAGAAAGUCUCAGAAAAACAUAUGAUAGGACGUAGUGCAACUGAUGGUACUUUGAGCACUCUGGCUGAAUCAUAUCCAGGGUCAAACAAAAAUGAAAAACCUCAAAUCGGUAACCUGGAUAUCAGUCAAUCCUGUGGCUACGUACAAAAGCGAACAACGAUUUCUCAGUCACUUAGCAAAAAUUCGCUUCAAUCAAGCAGUCAGAAUCACAAUAAUAAUAAUAGUAAUAUCAAUAGCACUACAAAAAGUGUGCACUUUGUUGUACCCAAUCUACCAUUACAAAAUACUAAGCAAUUACAACACUACUACUACAAUACCUUUAAUCCUAUACAGUCGCCAUAUCUCACUGGCGUGAAUCAACAGUUGUUGGAACAUUGUGAGGUGAUGCCUUUUGUAAAUCAACAACGAAAUCAGCAAAUUCAAAUAAAUUUGCAAACUAAUUCCCAUCAUUUCAUUAACUACCCAAUAGUGGAUGAAGCUCAAAUUCUGAUAAAUAGUCCACCAGAACUUUUCCAGAGAAGUCUAUACUCAGAAGUUAAUGUUCCACAUUCAGGAAUGUUAAACAGCGAAAUCUUGCCACAUAUAUGGCGGUCAUCUUCAUUCGGCGUUGAGGGGGAUUUAGUACAUCAAGCUAAAAAUGAUUUCACAGCAAACAUACCUUAUGAUGCGACCGAAGAAUUUUCAUCUUUACAAAAGCAUACAUUAUUAUGCCAUCAACGUCCUAUCUCUUCACCACCACUACCACCACCACCACCACCUUAUCCAAAAGAACAUAAAGUAAUGAACUUUCAUGACAUUUCAAAGGAAACUCAGUACCAACAAAGUGAAUAUGAAAACAAAGGGAAUUGUUUUGUAAGAUCUCUAUCUAAACUGCCUCCGGAAAACACGUCAAGAAAAGAAAUAAGUAUAAAUGUAAAUAGUAACUUCCCAAAGAAAAAUGGUGAAAGGCAUACUACUAAUCGACGACAUGGAAAAAGACAUAGACAACAACUAAAAAUCAAUAACAAUAUAAAUAUUAAUCAUUGUUAUAACAAAGAAGCAAGAAAAUUGGCUAUGCUUAGUAUCUAUUCUGAUAGCAGUGCACCAGAAUCUAUCAACAAUUACCUGAUCAAACAGUUACAUUAUCAGCAUCAUCACAACAAAUACCUGAAACACUCAAGCAAAAUAACACAGUCUGAUGAUUCUGACUCCCUUGUAUCAACUGACCUGGGUGCUACGCAUAGUAGUAUACGUUCAAGAAAACAUACCAUUAACAAGCGAUUAACACACAUAGAACGUACUCAAAGAGUCAAACGUCUUCACGGACACAAGACAUGCCAUUUUCAUUCGAAAAGCCGAACAUCGAAAAAUGUGAACACGUUGACCGACAAUAUUUCUUCAUCGAGGGGUCUACACACUGCAGUUGACAAAGAUCUUGAAACAAACAAGCACAAUGCAAAUAAUAAUGUUGAAUUGGACACUGAAAAUAUUUUAUCAGUAAUAAAUGAAAGAUACACCAUAUCACACAGUGGAUCCAACCCAUCAAAUUUAUCUGUAUUAGCUAGAGAAUAUAUGAUUAACAGCAUGAACCGCUCAUUUUCCUCAUCAGAUCUAUUAUACAUUAAACAUGCGGAAUAUAUUUAG